AAGGCGGAAGUGUGUGUGCUGGGGCCGGCGAAGCCGGGCUGAGGUGUAGCUCCAGAGCCGCGGCUCUUCCGGGUCGGCGCCGCGGGCCGCGAGAGCGAGCGCAGGACCAUGGCUGGGAGGCGGCCGCGCGGCCUGGCGGGGUCUGGAGGCUGACUGCGCGCCCCCGCCCCGACACUCAGGAUGACGGCGGCCGCCGCCUCCAACUGGGGGCUGGUCACGAACGUGGUGAACAGCAUCGUGGGCGUCAGCGUGCUCACCAUGCCCUUCUGCUUCAAGCAGUGUGGCAUUGUCCUGGGUGCCCUGCUCUUGGUCUUCUGCUCCUGGAUGACGCAUCAGUCAUGCAUGUUCUUGGUGAAGUCUGCCAGCCUGAGCAAACGGAGAACCUACGCCGGCCUGGCGUUCCACGCCUAUGGGAAGGCCGGGAAGAUGCUGGUGGAGACCAGCAUGAUUGGGCUGAUGCUAGGAACAUGCAUCGCCUUCUAUGUGGUGAUCGGUGACCUGGGGUCUAACUUCUUCGCUCGGCUCUUUGGGUUUCAGGUGACCGGCACCUUCCGUGUGUUCCUGCUCUUCGUGGUGUCCCUGUGCAUUGUGCUCCCACUCAGCCUACAGAGGAACAUGAUGGCCUCCAUCCAGUCCUUCAGUGCCAUGGCUCUCAUCUUCUACACUGUCUUCAUGUUUGUGAUUGUGCUGUCUUCCCUCAAGCAUGGCCUUUUUGGUGGGCAGUGGCUGCAGCGGGUCAGCUACGUCCGUUGGGAGGGUGUCUUCCGCUGCAUCCCCAUCUUUGGCAUGUCCUUCGCCUGCCAAUCCCAGGUCCUGCCCACCUAUGACAGCCUGGACGAACCGUCAGUGAAGACCAUGAGUUCCAUAUUUGCCUCCUCUCUCAACGUGGUCACCACCUUCUAUGUCAUGGUGGGGUUUUUUGGGUACGUCAGCUUCACUGAGGCCACUGCAGGCAACGUAUUGAUGCACUUCCCCUCCAACCUGGUGACAGAGAUGAUCCGCGUGGGCUUCGUGAUGUCGGUGGCUGUGGGCUUCCCCAUGAUGAUCCUGCCGUGCAGGCAGGCCUUGAACACGCUGCUUUUUGAGCAGCAGCAAAAAGAUGGGACCUUUGCUGCUGGAGGCUAUAUGCCGCCUCUCCGGUUCAAGGCACUCACCCUCUCCGUCGUGUUUGGAACCAUGGUUGGUGGCAUCAUGAUCCCCAAUGUGGAGACUAUCUUGGGUCUCACGGGGGCCACGAUGGGGAGCCUCAUCUGCUUCAUCUGUCCGGCUCUGAUCUACAAGAAGGCCCACAAGAACGCCCUCUCCUCCCAGGUGGUGCUGUGGGUCGGCCUGGGCGUCCUGGUGGUCAGCACACUCACCACCCUGUCCGUGAGCGAGGAGGCCCCUGUGGACUUGGCAAAGGAAGCUCCUGGUAGCCGACAUGGGGAGGUCGAGGGAGCUAAGAAGGCGGAGGUGGCCCGGCUCUCAGUCCAGGAUCCCCCGGUGAACAUGGCCGAGGAUGGCCGGGAGAAGCCAAAGCUGCCCGAGGAGAAGGAGGACCUGGAGCAGGCCCAGAUUAAAGGCCCCGUGAAUGUGCCUGGAGAGGAAGAUGCCAAGGAGAAGCAAGAGGCCGCACAACUUGAUCGCCCUGGUCAAGGCAUUGCUGUCCCCAUGGGUGAGGCCCACCGCCAUGAGCCUCCUGUGCCUCAUGACAAGGUGGUGGUGGAUGAAGGUCAAGACCGAGAAGGGCCAGGAGAGAGCAAGUUGCCUUCCAGACGCACGGAUGGAGGGGCUCCUGAGGGCAAGGGGCAGAUGGCGCUGCCUCUCCCUGAAUCAGAGAGAGAAAGGAGGGAGCCUGAGAGGGGAGAGGCAGGGAGAAGACCUGAACAGGCCCAGGUCCUGGAGGAAGCAGGUGGUCUUCCCGAAAGUCUCCAGAAGCUUCCAGAAGGAAACGACCAACCAGAUGUCCAGCCUGGGAAGGACGAGUAUGGGCCAGGCAACAGAGAUCUGCACCCAGGGCCCCAGGCUGUGAUCUCUGCAGAUCAGAAGGUCCUGGCCGCAGUUGGAGGGGAGCCUGCACAAGGUGCUGUGGGGCACACGGAGAAGCCUGCAGAGAGUGGCCCUGGUGGGAAGGCGCCCCUCCCAGCGCAGAGGCCAGCUCCUGGGGCUGGCCUGCAGCCAGAGCCUCGUGAGCAGAGGGAUGCAGAACGCCCAGGCGGAGACCAAGCGGGCAGCAAGCUGGAGGCUGAAAUUAAAAAGAUAGUAGCAGAAGCCGGCAGGGCAGAGAUGCUGGACCACGCUGUCCUGCUGCAGGUGAUCAAAGAGCAGCAGGUGCAGCAGAAGCGCCUGCUGGACCAGCAGGAGAAGCUGCUGGCCGUGAUCGAGGAGCAGCACAAGGAGAUCCACCAGCAGAGGCAGGAGGAUGAGGACAAGUCCAGGCCUGAAGACAUGCAGCCAGAGCCUGGAGUGGGUGUGCCCAAAGGUCAGGAUAAGGAGGCCCGAGAUGGGCCUGCUGGGAAGAUGGAAAAUGCCCCUCCACAGCCGUUGAAACCUGCACUUGGAGCUCCAGGGGAUCGCCGAGCUCCACCCCGGGAACUGGGCCAGCACUCCCCAGAGAAACCCGAGGGGGCAGCGGGCAGAGACCUAGCUGGUCCUCCUGGUGGAGGAUCUGACAUAGAGCCGCAGGGAGCCCAGGCCAAGCCGAGAGAGGAACAGAAAGGUGCCGUGCCCGAGGUGGCCCAGGCUGUGAAAGAGCCUAAGGUGGCCCAAGACUUGGAACCAGCACUCAAGCCACACCCUGCCGGGGCCCCUGGGAGCCCAGAAGAGCAUCUUGCUGGGGAGGUCUUCAGGCAAAGCCAGGACACCUUUGGCGGAGGUUCCCAAGAAAGGAAAAAAACUGGACAGGAAGCAGCAGCCACUGGGGCCAACACACAGAAGGAGGCUGACCGGCCCAUGGUAGGGGCAGUUGUAGAGGCUGGGGACCCUCAUAUGAAGUCCAGGCAGUUGAGCCGAGACCUGGGACCUGCCGUGGACCCACCUGGCAGGCCAGCAGGAGUGGACCCUCAGCCCCAAGCCAUGCUAGGUCAGAAGGAACCCCAGCCCAUCUCUGAGGGGGGCCAAGGUGGUCACGUGGAGGCAAAAAAGGAGCCCCCUGGUGGGGACCAUGUACCUGCUUCUCAAGAGCAGCCAAGAGCCGGGGAAGAUACUGCCAACCAGGAGCCCAAGCAGAGGCCAGACCCUGCGCCUAGCCCCAGGAUAGUUGCUCCUGGGGCUGAGAGGCCAGACAACCCCAAACCCAACCGAGACCUGAAGCUGCAAGCUGGCUCUGACCUUCGGAGGAGGCGACGGGAUCUUGCCCCUCAUCCAGAGGGGGAGCCAGCCCCAAAGGAUGGGAUCAUCAUCAGCUUUAACCCCCUCCCUGAUGUCCAGGUGAACGAUCUUCGCAGUGCCCUGGAUACCCAGCUCCGCCAGGCAGCAGGGGGCGCACUGCAGGUGGUUCACAGCCGGCAAAUUAAACAGUUGUCUGGGGCUCUGGAGGAGGCCAGCUAGUGUCUAGCCGCGUCCCUGGUGAGUGUGAGGUCACACUUGUUUCUUCCCAGGUAUUUGUCUGAGCCCCUUAGCAAGCGCUGGGAAAGCCUGAAGGACCGCCUUGUCUGCGGCUUUGUCCCCUCCCUGGCAUUCUCCCUGCUUUCUCAGGACCUCUAGGACUCUGCAGCUGUGGGCUCUGGCUGUCCUCAAGAGGAAGAGGGUCUCACCUGUGGCCUGCUGAGGCUCUGUGACUGGCACUGCUGUGCCUAGUCAAGCAGUGCUGGUCCCACUCUCGGUCUCCAUGACACCUGCAUUCUACCAUGGUCUCUGUUCCUCCAGGGGCUCCUCCCUAAGCAUGCUGAGGCCUCCCCACUGGCAGGCAAAGCCCUUGGUGUGAGAGACAUGCGGGGUGAGCCUUGGCCAGCUGUAGGGUGUAGCUGCUCUGAGCUUCCUGUCAAUCAUCCACACACUUCAUGGCCUGUUCUUUGAAAUUAGUUGAGAUUUUUUUAAAAAUAAAAACACCACUGAUGACUGAA